UAUUAAUAACCACCAAAACCUAGGGUUUACAAAUCUCACGCCCUCAGUGUCCUCCUCCUCUCGCGCCGCUCUCCAAUCUCUCGCAGCAAAAACCCUAAAAAUGGCGGAGCAGACUGAGAAGGCGUUCUUGAAGCAGCCAAAGGUGUUCCUUUGCUCGAAGAAAUCAGGGAAGGGGAAAAGGCCUGGAAAGGGAGGGAACAGAUUCUGGGAAGAGCGUUGGGCUCGGAUUCAAGGUCGGCCAAGAGAAGCCAUCGAUGGAACAUACAUUGACAAGAAGUGCCCAUUUACCGGCGAUGUUUCUAUCAGGGGUCGUAUUCUAGCAGGAACAUGCCACAGUGCCAAGAUGAACAGGACUAUUAUUGUCAGAAGAAACUACCUUCACUUUGUGAAGAAGUAUCAGAGGUAUGAAAAGAGGCAUUCGAAUAUUCCUGCUCACAUCUCACCUUGCUUCCGUGUGAAGGAAGGAGACCAUGUGAUCAUUGGCCAGUGCAGGCCUUUGUCCAAGACUGUGAGGUUCAAUGUGUUGAGGGUCAUUCCAGCUGGAUCAACUGGUGGAGGAAAGAAGGCUUUCACUGCAAUCUAAGUAUCUCACCAACCUAUUUCCUUGAUGACUUGGCUUUACCCUGAGCUUUUUGUUUUUGGGAUUAUGUAGUUUGUUCGGCUAUUAGUUUUUGCUUAUGAGACCAUAUUUUGUAAGCUUUUUAUUUGUACUGGUUCGCCUUUGCUCGAAAUUUGUUCCAGAUAAUGAUAUUUUGGACAGUAAGUAAGUUUUUCUUUAGUUUAGUCUUGUGCCUUAAUUUUGAGAUUAUUGUGA